AUGGAGAUGAAUCAUGAUGAAGGGGCCCUUCACCAGAUCGAGGAGGAGCUGGGCACCACCAUCUAUCCCGGCACAGAGAUCAUGGCCGAUGUAGGGUCGCAUCAUUUUGUCAAGUCAUCAUCCAAAUCGGAUCGAGUACUAGUGCCUCAACCGUCGCUGGAUCCACAUGAUCCGCUAAAUUGGAGUCGCUUCUGGAAAAUGAGCGCCAUGGCUAUAUCCACCGCGACCUCGUUCAGUCAGGGGUUGGGCCCGCUGGCUCUGGCACCAAUGUUCCCACAGCUGAUGGAGUCAUUCCAUUCCGACCUAGCCAGUAUGGUGCAGUUUACUGGUGUUUGUAUUUUGGUGUUGGGAUUUAGCAAUUUCUUCUGGAUUCCGAUUCAAACAUCCUACGGUCGGCGACCUGUCUUGAUCUUUUCGACCCUCAUUUGCCUUGUAAGCAAUGUUUGGCGCGCGCUGGCCACUUCGUAUGGCAGCUAUAUGGGCGCAUGUGUUCUCAAUGGGUUUGGCGCUGGCCCCGCGGAGACAUCUCAGCCGGAGAUCAUCGCGGAUAUCAUGUUUCUUCACGAGCGGGGUGCCUACAAUACCCUAUACUUUACGGCUUAUUUUGGAUCCCUCAUGGUGGGGCCGAUUAUUGCCGGCCCGAUGGCAGAGCACAUCGGCUGGCGGAGCUUCUUCUGGCUCAACGUCGGAGUGCUGGGCAUCGUACUGCUCUUCCAGAUCUUCCUCUUUCCAGAGACCAAGUGGCAUCGGUCGCAUCCCGAUGAAGUAGCAUGUCCGAGUCAUGCUGCAACCCUGACUCAGGAGGUCGCCGAGCAGGAGAAGCCGGUCGAGGUCUUGCAGAAGGAGAACGCGAGCAUAGAAAACGCGGCCGAGCAAGACCCUUAUCUGCAUCGUGGACGUCCUUCGAAGAAGCAGUUUAUGCUUUGGCAGCUGGAUGGAAACAACCUUAAGACAGUGCUUUUGAGCUUCUUCAUCCCUUGGAAGUUACUCACCUUCCCCAUAGUUGAGCUCGCAGCUUUCGUAGUGUCUUGGUCGGCCAGUUGCUUCUUGACGCUAAACCUCACUCAGAGUCAGGCAUUUGCAGAGCCACCAUACAACUUCAACAGCCAGACGAUCGGGUUUUUUAACUUUGCCAUUCUCAUCGGAGCGUUUAUCGGUCUAGCUACCAACGGGCCUUUCUCCGACUGGAUUUCGAUGAAGGCCACACGCAAAAACAGGGGGAUUCGUGAGCCUGAGAUGCGAUUGCCAGCAAUGGCCAUCUAUGUUAUUAUUAUGAUUAUUGGAAACUUUGUGGUUGCUUUUGGAUACCAGUACAAAUGGGAUUGGCGGGCAAUUGUGAUCAUUGGAUACACCGCCGCUGGCAUCCAAGUGGCGGCUCUCCCAGCCAUUGCCAGUACCUAUGCCGUAGACAGUUACAAACCUGUUGCGGGUUCAAUAUUUGUUUCCAUCACUGUCAACAAGAAUGUUUGGGGCUAUGGCUUUAGCAAGUUCAUCACCCCGUGGGUUGAAGAGAGUGGCUUCGUCAAGCCGAUCAUGCUGAACAUGUGCUUGGCAACCUUAUGGUGCCUGUGUGCCAUCCCAUUCUAUUUCUAUGGGAAGAGAUUCAGGGGGUGGACGGCCAAGUCCUCGGUGCACAAGAUGUAA